AUGGACAACAUCGGAGAGCGCGGCGCUCCGCUCGGCGUAAGUCACAAUGGUGCGGACAAGGGCCCCGUCGACCUGAAUAUUAGCGAUAUUUUGGACGCGAUUUGCAUCGCGGACCCGGCGUUCGAUGCGCGCGAGGUAGACGGCAUGUCGCGGCCCGCGCUCGCCCCCGCCUCCGCGCCUGCGCCCGCGCCCGCCAUGACGCCCGCUGCCGUGCCCGCGUCAGCGCCCUGUGUGCGCAUUGUCGAGCAACCCGCCAGCAAGGCGCUAAGGUUCCGUUAUGAAUGCGAAGGGCGGUCGGCGGGUUCGAUACCCGGCGUGAACACCACCAGCGAGAGGAAGACCUACCCCACCAUCGAGAUCAGCGGCUGCACCGGCAGCGCUAUCGUCGUGGUUUCCUGCGUCACCAAGGAUCACCCAUACAAGCCGCACCCGCACAACCUGGUGGGGCGCGAGCGCUGCGACAAGGGCGUGUGCACGGUGAAGGCGGAGCUGACGGGCGACAGCACGCUGGUGUCGUUCAGCAACCUGGGCAUCCAAUGCGUCAAGCGCAAGGACGUCGACGCCGCGCUGCGCACGCGCGAGGAGCUGCGCGUCGACCCCUUCAAGACCGGAUUCAGCCACCGCAGCCAGCCGCAGAGCAUCGACCUGAACGCGGUGCGGCUGUGCUUCCAAGUGUUUCUGACGGGCAAGGGCGGCAAGGUGCGGCUGGCGCUGCCGCCCGCCGUGUCCGACGUCAUCUUCGACAAGAAGGCCAUGAGCGACCUGCACAUCACGCGCAUCUCGCACUGCGCCGGGCCCGUGCGCGGCCGCAUGACCAUGAUUCUGCUCUGCGAGAAGGUGACUCGUGAAGACACGGCCGUGGUGUUCUUCGAGAAGGAGAACGAGCAAGUGAUCUGGGAGGCGGCCGCCAACAACGUGCACGUGCACAAGCAGGUCGCCAUCGCCUUCGAGAUUCCCCCCUACCGCAACCCGGACACCACCAAAAACGUUAAGGUCUAUCUCCAGCUGAAGCGUACAACGGACAACGCCCGGAGUAACGCUCUGGACUUCGAGUACACCGUGCCACCAGGUACGGCCAGAAAGCCGCUUCCAGACCUGGCGAUAUACGAUCUACUGCGGGACAAGCUCGCCGACGGCAACAACAACCGCACACAAAUACAACAACAAACGCACACACACCUCCCAGACGACACACACACAGACACACACAAGGACCUCGUCAGCUCCACCAGCGAUGAAACCAGCCCAGCUCCAGAUCUCAACGGCAAUGCCUCUGAUGUAAUGGAAAGCAAUGGCGUCGAUAGUGUCGAUUCUGUCGACUCCAACGUCAUUGACUCCAACGUAGUAGACUCCAACGAGAAGAGUCUCGACGAUCUACUGGACCAAGUCGCCGAGCUGGACGAAAUAUACUCCGAGAACCGUACACGUUUGGAGAACGUUACCACUCUAAACGACACGGAGACCGAUUUGGAGGACUUCAAUGACGCCGGAACCUACACCAGUUUGCAGUUGGCCUUCAAAAACCCAAUACCGAUAACCGAACCGGAACCGGAUCCUAUGUCUUACGAGGACGUCCAGGUCCAAACGUACCGCGGCCCGAUCAUAGAGUUCUCUCCUCUGAAACGCGACACGGAUGAUGAGAGGGCGCCACCGUUGCCGCCGAAACGCGUCCGCAAAACAGCGGACGCUUUCAAAACCAGUCAGACGUCCGUCGACAGCAUCCUGAAGCCAGGCAAACAGUUACCCAUCACGAGGAACAGAGAGAGAGCGGAGUUAACCGUAGCGAGAAGCGAGCCGGCUUUGCCUCCGGCGCCGAAAAAGCGCUCCUUCUUCUCCAGAUUAUUCCGCAAGAAGGAGAAGUCUCCCGCACCGAGCGUAAAGUCAGAGGGGAAGAAGGAGCCAAGAAGUAAAACAGUCGGCAGAUCGGUCAGUAGCGUAUCGGGGCAAAGACCAUCAAGGUUCAAAUCUUCAGUAUCUCACACGUCCCUGAAAGACAACGCAUCAGGAGCCAAUUUGAGCUACGCGGACAGCAUUACGCACAUCUCCCUGCACGGUGAUCCAGACUCCGAGUCGCAGUGGUCGGGCCGCAACAAGGGCGGGCCCCUGCCGCCGGACGGCACCAUCCUGGUGGCGGAGAGCGUGCUGGCGCUCGACGCAUCCGCGUUCAAGAAGCUGCGGGAUGAGCUGGACCUCACGGAUGCUGAGCACUACGCUCUCUACAUGGCCGUGGCUCCGCACGCCACAGCCUCCGAGUUUGACGAAACCAGCUGCUACUACUCCCCGGUGGACGCCACCAAGUUCAACAACUAG